AUGGGUAGAGCAGAAAUAGGCACAGCUAAAUACGAGUCCAAAAGACUAAAAGCAAGUGGACUACAAAAGUUAAAAUACUAUUGUCAAUUAUGUUCAAAACAAUGUAGAGAUGCAAACGGUUUUAAAAUGCAUCUUAAUUCCAAAUCCCAUUUAGGUAGAAUAUCAAAUAUAACAUCAUCAGAUUCAAGUUCUAACAUAAUACAGAAUUAUUCAAAUGAAUUUCAAAAAAAUUUCAUAAAUCUACUAAAACAAAAUCACAAUAAUAAAAAGAUAAAUGCUAAUAAAUUUUAUCAAGAAUAUAUUUUACAAAAAGAUCAUGUUCAUAUGAAUGUGACGAGGUGGAAAAGUUUGACUUCUUUUAUUAAAUAUAUGGGAUCUAAUGGGAUAGUGAAAGUUACAAAAAUUGGUGGAGAAGAAGAAGAAGAAGAUGAAGAGGAUGAAGGAGGUGAAGAUACAAAUAAUGACCAACAAGGUUUCAAUUUAGAAAUUCAAUUAAUUGAUACAUCUGAUUACUCAAAACUAAAACAAUCAGAUAUGAACAAUCAAAUUGAAAAAGAUCAAGAUUUAAGUGACAAACUUUUAAAAGAACAAAUUAGAAUUGGUAAAGAAAGAGAAGAGAAGGAAGCUAAAUCAAAAGCUAAAGAUAUAUCAAUAGAAAUUGAUAAAGAAGAACCAAAAGUCGCUGGUCCUAUCAAAAUAAGUUUAAAUAAGUUGAAAACCAAAAAAGUUUUAAAUAAACUGAUUCUAUAA